AUGCUUUUCUGGCUGAUCACGAAACGAGCUCCGUGGAGCCUGGUUGAUUCUUUCGACGAUGUGGACAGUAUGUGUUCUGUAUGGGAUUCACUGAUGAAAUCCUUAAUUGACCAACAUUUCUCUUUAAAGAGAAAGCGGUUGGAAGACAGACCCACUCAUGCCUUGAUAGCACCACAUUCAAGCUCCUGAGAGCACGUGAUCAAGUGAACAAAAAGGCAAAACGAUCAGGACUGUCUCAUGACUGGACUGAAUACAAACGCCUUCGUAACAAAGUCAGCGAAAUAAAUAGAGAGCCAAGAACAGAUUACUUCAAAAACAAGCUUGAAAAAUAUCGUGGAAAACUUAAAGCUUUCUUGGACACAUUACGUCUGCUCCUUCCAUCCAAGAAAAAAUGCAAUGAAAUUGAAAAGUUAGUGGUUGGUCUUCAAGAGUUAAGUGACAAGCGUACAUUGCUAAUUCUCUAA